CGCCUCGCUUCGCGACCCCAAACGAGCGCGCGAGCGGGAGCUGCUGGCGGCGGUGGUGGAGACGGUGGCGGCGGGGGGCAAGGUGCUCAUCCCCACCUUCGCCAUGGGGCGGGCGCAGGAGCUGCUGAUGCUCAUUACGGAUUGCUGGGAACGACAUGGGCUGAAGGUGCCCAUCUACUUCAGCAGCUCCAUGGCCUCUCGCGCGCUCGUCUACUACCAGCUGCUACUCAACUGGACCAACGCCAACGUGAGGAGAACGCUGUUUGGGGGGGCCGGCAGCGCUGCUGCUGGCAGUGGCAGCGGAGGGGGAGGAGGAGGAGGAGGAGG